UUAAGUUAACUGAUGAGAGUUAAUUAAGGAAAAGGAAAAUGAGAGAAUCGGACUCUGUAGUGUUCAUAGCUAUCUGUUAAUCUUAGUGUUUUGUGUGUAAUACGGCGCGAAGGUGGAGAAUCCAAAGAUUUCUCGAUCGUUUUCUUUCCGUUUUUUCCGUCGAAGCCCGUGGCGAAUUCUCUCGUCUUCUUGGUUGCCAAACAGGAAAUUCCGCUGGUGGAGAUCAUCUAUGGAGCCUGACGUGGUAGAGAUCGCCCCUCCUUUGGCCUCGAGCUCGAAAACACGGAAGCAAAAACAGGCUGUUACUAUGGAAGUGAUUGAUGUGGAGCGAUAUGAAAUCCAAAACGGUGGGGGUUCUGACAAGAAGAACAAAGGGAAGGCUGUGCAAGUAAGCUCCUGUUCUUAUGAGAAGCAUGCUAUGGAUAGUGCUACAUAUGCUUCCGGCCCAGUGAAUAGCAUCGAACCUCAUCCUGGCAUGUCCCCAGGUUCACAGAACAUGAUGGACCCAGACUGUUUGUUCUACGAAGACUAUGAGGAUUACGAUCAAUAUCUAGACGAAGCAAUGGAUAUUGAUGACUACUCCUUGUUUCAAGACCUUUUAGAUUCUAAGGAUAUCCCUACCGAUGUAGAGGUGUCAAUUGCUUGGUUUCAGAAUCAGAAUUCAACUAACAAAGAAGCAGCGAAAUCAGGUGGAACUAGUACUUCAUCACAUGGAGACAGCUGGAAGAAAUCGGGUGUUACCGGUGUAAAUCCAUCACUCUCUCCCUGGCCACAGAUUCCGACUUCUACUUCUCAACCGUGGAAUGAUAUUCCAAACUCUGAAGCUAAGGCUCAGAAUAUUAAUACUCAGGUUAUCUAUUCUUCUGCAUAUCCUCUUCCGAAAGAUUAUCCUCCCUCCAAAUCUUGGAACCCGUUUUCCGGUAUUAGUAGCAGCAAUGGUGGCGGGGCACAUCCUUCCGGUGCGGUGCUUCCGUUGUCACCAACUACUCCCCCUAAUUCCCAUGCUUCCGCUAGUUCACGCUCAAGAGUGGAUGAAGUUAUUUCAGCUAAGGAUUCCUCCAGUAUUCAGAAAAACGUGGAAGAUUUUCUGGGAAAGUUUUUGUUUUUCAAAAGAUUUGACAUCGUCGAAGAUUGUUCAGAUCACCAUUAUGCUUCCAGGGGGAAUUCUUCAAAACAGUGUGCAAAGAGUUGGGUGAAAAAGAUCCAAGAAGAGUGGAAAAUCCUCGAGAACGAUUUGCCAGAUACGAUAUUUGUCAGAGCGUAUGAAUCUCGGAUGGAUCUGUUGAGGGCUGUAAUAAUCGGAGCAGAAGGAACUCCCUACCAUGACGGUCUUUUCUUCUUCGAUAUUUACUUCCCUGUUACCUAUCCUAAUUCACCACCGCAAGUUCAUUACCAUGCUGGUGGGCUCAGAAUAAACCCGAAUCUAUAUAACUGUGGCAAAGUAUGUCUGAGUCUUCUUGGCACCUGGAGUGGUAACAAUAGGGAGAAAUGGAUCCCCAAUGUCUCGACGAUGCUUCAGGUUCUUGUCUCGAUCCAAGCACUCAUCUUGAACCAGAACCCUUACUUCAAUGAACCCGGGUAUGAGCGAACCAUCGGUACUCCAUUGGGCGAGUCCCAUUCGAAAGCUUACAGCGAGAACACCUUUAUACUGUCUUUGAAGACAAUGGUUUACAACAUGAGAAGACCGCCCAAGCACUUUGAGGACUUUGCGUACGGUCAUUUCUUCAGCCGAGCCCAUGACAUAUUGAAGGCGUGCAAAGCAUACAAGGAUGGUGCGCCGGUGGGAUCGCUGGUGAAGGGAGGCGUUCAGGACGUGGAAGAGAGUGGCCCGAGUGGUUCGAGGAAGUUCAGAGCCGAUGUGGAUAGUUUCAUGAAAAUGCUUUUGAGUGAAUUCACCGUUCUUGGGGUCAAGGACAUGGACAAAGCGACUGGGAACAACAGCAGUAGUAAUGCAGAGACUGAGAAGAAAAACAAAGUGAAAACCAAAAGAGACCGAGAAUCGAGAUGAAUCUUGCUCUUAGAAGAUGAAGGAACGGAUCUUGUUUGGGCACAUGAAGUAGUAAGAAGAUAAAGUUUUCGUCUUUUUGAAGAAGGCGAGAGGCCGUAUGAAGGUUGGCCUUUGCAGCAGGUGAAGGUGCAGAGACUUUGGUAUAUGUAAGUGCUUUCUUUUGAGGCUUUACUACUUAACGUAUAUAGUAUGAUUAUUCAGAGGUUAAUCUCUCACCUGUACAGUUAAUCCAUCAAAUUAUUAGUUGCAGCUCCAAAUUUAGUUCGGGCUCAGCCUGCAGAAACCCUA